AAAUAUUUUAUUCUGCAAUCUGAUCUUUUUUUUUUUGAUAAAUCAUUGAAGAAAAAAUCUGAAACGACUGUUCCUAUUAAAAUUGGUCAAGCCAUUUAAACUAAAGGACUCAAAAAUGGCAUAUGUCGAAUCACUCGAAAAAAUGUAACCCUCAUGAUUCUAAGAAAAAAUAAGCUAUUAAAAUUGUAAACUUAACUAAAAGUAUUUGACUCCCGCGUACUUGAUAAAAAUCAUCGAAAUAAAUAUAUUCAGUAAACACAAUCAUUUGAAUAAUAACAAUUUCUGACAUUAUCUUAGAUUAAUUGAGUUUGUAGAUAAACUAUCGAUUUAUGAACUGAGAUUUUAUCAAUGCCUAUAUAAGUUAUAGGAGACGAUAGAACAAGUUAAAAUAAUUUUCAUAGAAGACGCCAGAAUGAUCCGGUUCAUUCUGUUGCUGGCCGUUGCGGGCCUGGCUUUGGGGUACAAGAACCCCCACUAUGCCUCCGGCCGGACCACCAUGGUGCAUCUAUUUGAAUGGAAAUGGGACGACAUUGCUGCAGAAUGUGAAAGGUUCCUUGGACCUAGAGGAUUUGGUGGUAUUCAGAUUUCCCCGCCUAAUGAGAACUUGGUGAUCGGGUCAAGGAAUAGACCAUGGUGGGAGAGAUAUCAACCGAUAUCUUAUAGACUAGUGACACGUUCAGGGAAUGAACAGCAAUUCGCCAACAUGGUGCGUCGUUGCAACAACGUUGGUGUCAGGAUUUACGUGGAUGCUAUUAUUAAUCAUAUGACUGGUACGUGGAAUGAGAAUGUCGGAACUGGAGGCAGUACUGCUAACUUCGGAGAAUGGCACUACCCCUCCGUACCUUACGGCAGAAAUGACUUUAAUUGGCCCCAGUGUGUGAUUUCCGGCAACGACUAUAACUGCUGUCCUGAUAGAGUGCGAAACUGUGAAUUGUCUGGUUUGAAGGACUUAAAUCAAGGUUCUGCGCAUGUUCGUAAUAUGAUUGUUAAUUACAUGAACCAUCUGAUUGGUCUUGGUGUUGCUGGAUUCAGAAUUGAUGCUGCAAAGCACAUGUGGCCUGGAGACCUUCGCGUAAUUUAUGACAGACUACAAAAUCUCAACACAAACCACGGCUUCCCAUCCGGUGCCCGUCCAUACAUCUACCAAGAAGUUAUUGAUCUUGGUGGCGAAGCUAUUAGUCGGAAUGAGUACACACCUCUUGCUGCAGUCACUGAGUUUAGAUUCGGACUGGAAUUGAGCAGAGCAUUCCAGGGAGGAAAUCAACUGAGAUGGUUACAUAACUGGGGACCUAACUGGGGCCUCCUCGCGAGCGAUGACGCCUUGACAUUUAUUGAUAAUCAUGAUAAUCAGAGAGGACACGGCGCUGGUGGUAACAUUCUUACGUACAAGAGUUCUAAGCGAUACAAGGGAGCGAUUGCUUUUAUGUUGGCUCACCCGUACGGCAAACCACAAUUGAUGAGCAGCUUCGAUUUCUGGGACACUGAGGCUGGACCUCCUAUGGACCGCAAUGGCAAUAUUAUUUCCGCAUCUAUUAAUUCUGAUGGUACUUGCGGCAAUGGAUGGAUCUGCGAACAUCGCUGGCGUCAAAUCUACCAGAUGGUUGCGUUUAGAAACGUUGCCGGGAACACUGCUUUGAACAACUGGUGGGACAACGGAAGCAAUCAGAUUGCUUUCUGUCGCGGCCAGCAAGCAUUUGUUGCUUUCAACAACGACAACUGGGAUCUUAAUCAAAACUUAAACACUUGUCUACCAGCCGGUUCUUACUGUGAUGUCAUAUCUGGUGUUAAGGAAGGCAACAGAUGCACCGGAAAGACUGUUACUGUCGGCAACAAUGGUAUCGCCAACAUCUCCAUACGUGCUAACGAGUAUGAUAUGAUUCUCGCUAUUCACCGCGGCAAUGAGUCAAGAUUGUAAAGAGGAAUGAAUUAUGCUGGAAAGGACACAACAUGCGAAAGACGAUUAAAUUCAAAUGUGAAAAUCUAAGUCAUUGAAAUAU